AUGACGCGGGAGACUUAUCUUAAGCGCUCGCUCGGAACUCUAGCCAGACGAAUCAAAGAGUCGCGUGUGCUUCUCGUGGGUGCUGGUGGCAUCGGAUGCGAAUUGCUGAAGAACCUCCUGCUCUCCGGGUUCGGCGAAAUCCAUAUCAUCGACCUCGACACCAUCGAUCUGAGCAAUCUCAACCGCCAAUUCCUUUUCCGCUUCGAACACAUCAAGAAACCCAAAGCAUUGGUUGCGAAGGAAGUCGCCCACAAGUUCCAGCCCGGUGCGAAGCUUGAAGCAUACCAUGCGAACAUCAAGGAUGACCAGUUCAACGUUGACUGGUUUGCGACAUUUGAUGUCGUCUUCAACGCUCUGGACAACCUUGAUGCUCGACGCCAUGUGAAUAGGAUGUGCUUGGCAGCCAAUGUGCCGCUAGUGGAGAGUGGAACAACGGGGUUCAACGGCCAAGUCCAGGUCAUCAAGAAGGGCGUCACGGAAUGCUACGAUUGUAACUCCAAGGAGGUCCCCAAGUCGUUCCCGGUCUGCACUAUCCGCAGUACACCCAGUCAGCCGAUCCACUGUAUCGUCUGGGCCAAGAGCUACCUUUUUCCUGAGCUCUUCGGCAUAAGCGAGGAUGACUCGAGCGAAUUUGAUCACUCGGAAGAUGCUGAAAACUCCGAAGAGAUUGAGAACCUCCGCAGGGAGGCUCAGGCCCUCAAGGAGAUCCGUCAAUCCAUGGGCUCCGAGGAAUUUGCGCAGAAAGUAUUCGAAAAAGUGUUUCAGGAGGACAUAGAUCGGUUACGAGGCAUGGAAGACAUGUGGAAGACGCGAGAUCCCCCGGAGCCUCUGGAUUUCCACAAGCUACAAGAGGAGUCUUCGGGCAUCGAACCUGUGGUCUCCUGCAAUGACCAGAAAGUCUGGACUCUUGCUGAGGACUUUGUCGUCUUCAAGGACAGUCUGGAUCGAUUGAGCAAGCGGCUCAAGACCCUACAGGACACCACGAAGAGUGACGUGAAGCCUAUCCUAGUCUUCGACAAGGACGACGUCGACACCCUGGACUUCGUCGCCGCCACUGCCAAUCUGCGGGCAAGCAUCUUCAAGAUCGAUCCCAAGUCCAAGUUCGACACGAAACAGAUGGCUGGCAACAUCAUCCCAGCUAUUGCAACCACCAAUGCCAUGACGGCUGGUCUCUGUGUCUUGCAGGCUUACAAAGUUCUAAGAGGGGAGUACGAUCAGGCCAAGAUGGUCUUCCUCGAACGCAGCGGUGUUCGUGCGAUCAACUCCGAUUCUUUGCAGCCUCCAAACCCGAAUUGUCCAGUGUGUUCCGUGACUCACGCCAGGCUGAAGAUCGAUCCUCAGCGCGCGACACUGGAAAACCUGGUCCAGGAUAUUCUCCGGUCCCAACUGGGUUACGGUGAAGAGUUCUCCAUCAACACCGAACUAGGAACCAUUUACGACCCCGAUCUAGAGGACAAUCUCCCCAAGAAAUUGACCGACCUCGGUGUCAAAAAUGAGUGUUUCAUCACCGUCAUCGACGAAGAGGACGACCAGCCCCGCGUCAACCUUGAACUUAUUGUGCUCGCGACCGAGGCCUCUCAAUCCACAGAAGACCAGAAACCCGCCUCCCUGGAAUCCGUUCCCGACAUCCCCCGCAAGCCGAAGGCACCCGCACCUGCAGCCCCCGAGACUGAGCCCGAGCCCGUCAACGGCGCAGGCAAGCGCAAGCGCGACGCAGACGAAGCCGGGCUCAGCAAUGGCGACAACCCAGCCAAGCGAGUGGCAGCGAUGUCCAUCGCGGAUGGUGACGGAGCCAAUCCUAUCGUCCUGGACGAGGCAAACGGCGGCGCAAUCCUGAUUGAUGAUGAUUAA